CUGUGCUCUUCAAUAUGGCGAACCGCUGUGGCCAAAUAUUCAUUCGAAAUGUGUUAUUUUUUUCAUUAUUUUGUCAUAGUUUCUCAAGCAUAUACGGUUUGGAACUUGCAAGCUCGAAUGGAUAUGUGAGAAGAGAACAUUCACUUUCGAAACCAUUUCAAGUUGGUAGCACUAGCCUGCAAUUUUGGGAUUUUGGUGGUGACACAUUGAUAACCAGUAAUCAUAUCCGAUUGACCGAGGAUCAUCAAAGUCAAAAAGGGUUUAUUUGGAACACAUUGCCUGUAACAGCUCGCGAUUGGGAAAUCCAUAUCCAUUUUUCAGUUCAUGGUUCUGGAGAUUCACUUUAUGGAGAUGGCUUUGCGUUCCAUUAUGCUAAAGAGAAAAUGGAAUUCGGUCCAGUCUUUGGAAGCAAAAAUUUCUUCUCAGGACUUGCUGUUUUCUUUGACACUUAUAGUAAUGCAAAUGGUGAUAACGCUGCAGACCACCCUUAUAUAUCAGCUAUGGUAAACAAUGGUACCUUAAACUACGACCAUAAUCGUGAUGGUGCUUAUUCACAAAUACAGGGCUGCUCGGCUUCUUUUCGCAAUAAUGGAGCGGAAACAUAUGCUUUGAUUCAGUACUUGGGUAGCAAAGAAACUUUAACAGUUAUGACAGACAUUGAUAGUGAUGGUGAAUGGAAAGCAUGUCUUCAGGUCUCUGGUAUACGACUUCCGACUUCAUAUUUCAUUGGUCUUAGCGCUGCUACUGGCAAUUUGGCAGAUAAUCACGACAUCGUCGGUUUGAAAUUCUACGAGUUGGAAGUUGAGAAAGAUGAACAAACAGUUAGAAGUACAGAAAACACCGAUGACAUUGUCCCAUUUGUAAAAGCGGAACCUGUUAAAGAGCCUGUCGAGAAUUCCCCGAAAGGACACUAUACACGGCGAAUGACGAAAGCGUUCACGUGGUUUUCUGGAUUUUGGUGGUCGGUGUCAUUGUUUGUGUGGUCGGAUUUUUGUAUACAAGAAGCAACAGGAGGCUGCACGCAAACGAUUUUUUUAACGAAAUGAACAAAUAUCGCUUCUGCAUCGCUAAAAAUUUGUAAUCUUUACACAAAAUGCCUCAAGACAGAUGGCGGCAUGUCUAUUUUACCAGAAUGCAUUUCAAUCUUCACACAAAA